AUGAAAAAGGUUUACUGUUUUUUAUAUUUUUGCAAUGUAUUUUUUAGUGGUACAAAAUAUAAUAGAAAAACGAUUUUCAAUUUAAAUAUAAAAAAAAUUAAGAAUAUAGAAAACAAGCACACACAAAAUAAUAACAAUUUUAGUCACAAACUUUAUAACACAAAUAAUAAUAAUUAUAGUCAAUUUGACAUAAAUCGAGAUAAUGAAUAUAAUGACAUCUUAAAUGAUAUAAUAUAUGAAUAUGAGAAAGAACAAAAGGAAAAAAAUAAAGGAGAUAAAAUAUCUCAAAUAAGUGGAAAAGGGAAAAACCAAAGCAAGGUCAGCCCCAAUAAUGGGGACGAUAAUAUUGGUAAUGAUAAUAUUGGUGGUGAUAAUAUCGGUGGUGAUAAUAUUGGUGGUGAUAGCAUGUACAUACCGAAACAUAAAGAGCAAGCCAAGUCAGAAGAUGAGAAUAAUACAUCACUAUGGGAAAAAGAAAUUGAACGGAUAAAUAAACUUAAAAAUAAUAAUUUGUUAAACUUAUGUGACUUAAAUUAUGAUCUUCAUAGAGUGGCAAUAAAUAAUUCGAAAGUGGACGAAAAUAACGAAGAGGAAAACUAUAAUAAAAUUAGUUUAUUUUUAGAAUCACAAGUUUUGAAUAAAAAUAAAGGAGAAUCAAAUUUAUGUAUUGAAGACAGUAUAGGUAGAUAUUUUUUUAAAAUAAAUGAAGAGUUUAUUCAAACAAUUUCAGAAAAAGAAUUACAUAAUUUCAAAAAUAUAAUACACAAAAAAAUUAUUUAUCUUAAAUAUCAGUAUCUUAAAAAAUAUAAAAGUGCCAUUGAGCAAGUAAAAAAAGUUAGCAAAACAAAAACAGAAGAAAUAAACAAACAUGUAUCAUUAGUAUAUGAAGGGGAUGAAAACGGCUCAACGGAAAAAGGUGAUUCAAAUUUAUUAGGCACGGAAGAAAAAAAUGGUAGCAAAAUGGGUGGCAAAAUGGGUGGCAAUAGUGAUAAUGGUGAUGAUGAUGAUGGCGAUGGUGACGAACUGAGAAGGGGGCCAGAAGUGUCUUUAGAAAAAAUAAACGAAAUGAUAGAUCUUAAUCAGAAGCUUUCUAAAUUGCAAAAAAAUUUUGAAGACCUAAAAAAGUUUGACAUAUUUAAAGUUUUAAAUGGAAAUCGAUUUUUAAAUAAUUUAAAAAUAAACAAGUUUCAAUUUUUUGAAUAUUCGUGUGCUUCUUUGAAAGAAGAGAUGGACCAGUUCAUAAAAAAAAUCAGGAUGAAAAAAAAUGAAAAAGAAAUUGAAGAAAAUUAUGUAAAUAAUUAUUGUUAUUUAAGUGUACCUAAAAUCAAUGAUAUGCAUUUUUUAAAUAACGAAAAAAAAUCAAUAAUAAUAAAAGUACCAAAUGAAGAAAAAAAAGAAAAAAAAGAAAAAAAAGAAAAAAAAAUAUUCAAUUAUGUGAAAGAAAUAAAUAUUGAAGCAGAUAAAGCAAUUCUAUUAUUAAGUCAAAAUGAUAAAAAAUUAAAUAUUAGUGUUCGAAAUAUUUGUGAUAAAAUUGGAUAUCUAACACAAGGGUUGUGUAUAUAUCCUCAAUUAGACAAUGAAAUAAAUAAUGAUGAAUAUGAUAAUAAAAAAAGUUAUUUAAAAAAUGAACAAAUUAUUAAGAGAUUAUUAAUAUUAUUAAUUUUUUAUUUUAAGAUAAAAAAUGUUUAUGUUAUAUGUAUGGAUGAUAUAAGUUCAAAACUUUUUUACAAUUUUAUUAAAACUAAUGAUAAUAUUUUUAAGGACUUUUACACAUGGGAUGUGGAAGAAGAAAAAGAAGAAAAAAAAAAAGAAAAGGAUGACGAAUAUAAUCCAAAUUUGGAAAAAAGAAAAUAUGUAGAUCUUGAUAAAAUAACGUUUUCUCAUAUUUUCAACAAAAAUUUUGUACCUUUAUAUUCAAUAGAAUCAAUAAUAAAAAAUUAUGUUUUUUUAUUGGAUAAAGAUGAAAUAUUUUAUGAUAUUUCUUUUUUUAAAAGAUCUUGUUUAUUUAUGUUUUUAAAUAAAAAUUUAAACAAACAGAGUCAUGUUUUUUUUUCAAAAGUUCAACAUUUUUUUUAUUAUAAAAAAUUUGAUUACCCAUAUAUAUAUAAUAUUGAUGGAAAAUAUUCACAAAGUACUUUACAAUCUUUUAAUGAAAUUCUUUUAUAUCUAACAACAUGGAUUGAGAUAUUUAAUACUAGCGAAACAGAAGAUUUGGAAUCACCAAAUUGGAUAAACGAAAAUGAACAAGAACAUUUGGAAUCAGAUGUAAACAAUUCAAAAACAAAAAGUGAUGACAAUUCAAACGAAAGUUAUGAUCCAAAUCGAUUUGAUAAAACCAACCAAAAAUAUUACGAUGAUUAUGACACAUCUAUGGAAAAUGAAUAUCCCGAAUCUGACAAUUCAGUCGAUACGGACGAUACUGACGAUGCUGACGAUGCUGACGAAAGGGAGUGUAGCGGUGAAUAUGGCGAGAGUCCAUAA